AUGGCAAUACUCUUUACCGAUUUAAUACCAAGCAAUAAAGACUUAAUAGAGAAGAACACUCUGCACCACAGGAAAGAAAUAAGCAAAGAGGUGGAGGAAGAGAGAGCGGCUGGCCCUGCAAAACAAGAGAGCGAGAUAUUGCAGCUCCCUCUGGAAAGCCAGCUGGAGCUCGAGCUGGCAAAAGUAAGAUACACACAGGAUGAGAUAGAAAAGACGAAGCAGGAGAGAAACAGAAGGCUGCAGAUGUCGUACCAAAUGAGAUCGAACGCAUGGUCCAAGAAAAUAAAGAGCAAGUCGUACAGAAAAGCCAGAAGAGAGGAAAAGCAGAGAAAAGCAGCAGAAAAAAUACAAAUAGAGCUGCUGGACGAAGAAAGAAGCGAAGGAGAAGUAGAGCAGAACACUCCCCAAAAUAUCCCAGAAAUAGCCACAGCUGAAGAAACUGCAUAUAAUUUCAUCAAAAACACGAUCAGCGCAGAGCCUAUCAGCCUCGAGCAGGUCCACACUGCGUCAAAAGCGACAAAAAAUAACUCAGAUAAAAAGAUAGAUAGCAUUUUAGAGAUAGACGGAGACGUGUUUGAAGCAGAAAAGAUGAAAAUAGAAGAGAGCGAGAAGCCCUGGGAAAAAGAAGAGGUGCUGCUCGGAUGGAGCACAUGGGGAGGCGCAUCGAUAGAGCCUGUCAAGACAUCAUCGAACACAAAGAAAGUAAAAAGGUCUGGAAUUGAAAUAAGAAAGAGAAAAGACUUUGCUGUCUCGCACGUAAUCUACAACGAAAAAACUCCGCUGACCAGGAACCAGAAGUAUGCGAUAAACAAAAUACCCUAUGGAUACACAAGCAUAGAAGAGUACAACGAGGUAAUGAGCAUCCCCAUAGACAGCAACCACCAGCCCGUGACGAUUCUCAACAGGCUUAUAAAAGACGAAAAACAAAAGAGAAAUCAUUUAUAA